AUGAAUGAAUUGCAUAUUUUAAUUACCUUAGACAUUUAUCACCCUGAGUCUUCAGAAAAUCGAAUUGGUGACAUUGGUGCACAACAUUUUCGUGAAGCUUUGCCAAUAAAUAAGACACUUAUGGAGGUCACUCUAAAAGACAAUGAAAGUAGUUUAUGUGCAACAGUUCAAAUGGAACAUGAGAUAAUGCAUGAAAGUAUAUGCAUCACAGUGGAUUGGACAGGUUAUCAGAUACGAAACGAAAAAUUAGAAUGCUUAAGUGCUGCAUUGAAAAAAAAUUAUAUAACAACCAGAUUGAUCCUUGAUGAGAAUCAAAUUGAUGAUAAUGGCAUACAACUUCUCGCUGAUGGUUUAUUAAAGAAUAAAAUAUUGCAAGAAUUGAGUCUUCGAAAUAAUCGAAUUGGUGAUAAAGGAAUGAAAUAUAUCGCAAAUGUUUUAAGAGAGAACAUGGUAAAAAACACUCAAUACAUUGAAUCUCAGCAAGAGCUCAAUUGGAAAUGA